CGCAGCGCGCCGCGCGUUCGCAUCGCUUGCGUUUGCCACAGCCGGGCAAACGCGAAGCGCGAAAUCGGAUUGCGGCGAGAGAUCCCCGUCUUUUCGUCCUCGCUCUCGGUUUUUUCCCCGGUGAGUCGCGAUCGCCGGAUCCGUUUGGCCGCGGAUCAGCUGUUCGGCGAGCUGUCACGUUUCCGUAGACGAGGCGCGAUUCCUUCGUCCUCGGUCUCUCGCGCGAUACUCCUGCUCCAGGAAACCAGGAUCGGGACGAAUAUUAUACGCGAUUCUUCGUAGACGGACGGACACUAUAUAUACCUGAUGCUUCCUUCGCUCGGUGCUCCCGCUCGCGGCGGAGAAUGACAUAUCGCGACGCGCGAGUGGUGACGCGCGAGGAUCGUCGCGUACGCACCGGGAGGCGGAGCGACGCGAUUACGACAGUUAAGGGAUAAAGAGAGAGAAAAACAAAUAUAUAUAUAUACGGCGGAAGAGAGAGAGGAUCUGGGGGAAGAGGAUCAGCUGGACAAUGGCAAUCUCGGCCUGGAUGAUAUGGGCUAGGAGUUCACGCACCGGCCGAUCUCAUCGAAACCGUCAGGAUGCCGAGGACUGCAUUCAGCUCGAUCUGUCAAGAGGCUUGAAGGAGAAUGUCAAGGAGGUGCUGUCAAAUCUUUGCCAGCGUCACAAUGUUCCAAGCGUAAAGAAGCUAGCGUAUCUUAAUGCUAUUGUUAAAUUGAUUAGCGAAACUGAUUCCCAGGAUUAUGGAUACUCUGCGGAAGAUCUGUUCUGUUGCUUGCGUGUGGCACUGGUCCAUGAAGCAACACAGGUGCGCGCUGCCGCCCUAAGGACGGUGCGUUACCUGCUGAAGAAGGAACAGGAUGUCAUUGCGAUCAACAAGCUGCAGUAUCCUUACUUCGUGGCGCGUAGCAUGGACGUUAAUCUGCGCAACGAGAUGGAGAGGAUACAGGCUCUUCGUCUGGUCAGAAGAAUUCUGCUGUUAGCCCCCAAGCAUUUCAGUCCCGCACUAGCGAGAUCUUUAGUCAGUUUAACCAACGGCGGGAUAGAGGAGCGGGACCGCAUAUUCCGAGCGUUUCUAGCGACCCUAUGCGAAUUAGGUGUCCUGAACUCGAAUCUACUGAUAAGCUGCGGCGGCGUCGGCGCCCUGGCCAGGGCCGCGAUGACAGGCCAGAGCGCCGCCGCGGUCGAAUCCAUCGUGGGAGUGCUUCUGCGGCUGCUGAACAACCCAGACACGCGCAGCAGCGUGUCUCUUCUAUGCUUCGCCGCGCCCUACUGCGAGCUUCACUCCUCGAGCAUGGAGAGAACCAAGGAGGAGCGCGAGCAGAGAUUCGCCGCGAGCAAACUCGCCCUGCUCAGCAUCCUUCGCUCGUACUCGGGCGUCCUUCACUUCUGCCGGCCAGACAAUAAUUCCGGUCUCAAGGCCAUCGCGGAUAUCCUGUACGUGGAACAAUUGGAGGUGCGCGGUGCCGUGUUGGAGUUAUUAUACGAGCUGCUGGACCUGCCCCUGCCCACGUGGACCGACGAGCCGGAUGUCGCGUUGGCCGCGGUGGAUCCCAGCCGAUCCCGGGACUCGUGGAAGCUGUCCGAGGGCUUCGUCGCCGCCGAGGGAAAGUUCAUCCUGCCGUCUCUGUCGUCGCACUGUCCCAACAUUACGGAGAUCCACUUGGCGCUGUUGGUGUACGUUCUCCUGGAAUGCGGUCUCCAUCGCGCCCUCGCGGAGACCAUCGUCUCCAGCGACACCUUCAUCUCGGUGCGCGCGGCGGUUCUUCUGGGAGCGUUGCUACAUCUCGCGCACUCAUUGCUACCGUCCGAGCUCUGCGACCUCACGCCGCCGUUGCCGAAUCUAUUGGAGCACGCUAGCGCGGGCAAGCAUCAGGCGUUGGCGGCGGUGACGAUCCUCGAGCGAAUGCACACGAUGAUGCGACGUAGACCCACCCCGGCGAGCCUCUUCCUCGACCGGGUCCUCCAAGCCGGCACCUGGUUACGCCCGACUCUGCCGCGACGUCAACGACCGUCCGGCAGACACUGGCUGCGAAUCGGUCGCGAAUCACCGAUUACCCCGUUGCUGAAGGACGCGCAGGUGCUGAGCUCGAAGGACGCCCUCGCAUGGAACUGGCCGAUAGUGCGGGCGAUUCUGCGCUCGCGCGAAGAUGCGACGCGAAUCCUGCACGAUUCCGAUCAGCGGCUCUUCAUGAAGCGGCUCGUGCGUUACUUCAAACCUUCCUGGAACGGUUACAGCAGGGUCGAGCUGGGGACGAACGCGACGUUGGCGCGCGAGGCGACCCUCGCCGGCUGCGACUUGUUGAACUGCCUGCUGGAGCUGCACGAGCCGGAGGGCGCGCGAUUGCUCAACGAGCUGAUCGGCGACGUCGCCGAGCAGAUCGCCCACAUUAGCACCGCCGAGUCCGCGCACGACUGUUUAUUCUCCCCGCGUCAGAUGUCCACCACGUGCUGCCAGAAGUACUUCCUCUUCCUCGGCCAGCUGAGCUACUCGGCGAAGGGCACGGUAGUGCUCAAGAGUUUCAACCUGUUGGAGAAGCUGCAGGAUCUCGCGCUAGCCACCAAUCACGACUGCUACGUCAAGCUGAUCGUCUCCAGUUUGGAUUACUCUCGGGACGGUCCUAACAGGAAGCUAUUGAGCAAGAUCAUCUCCGAGGCGUCCUCCUGGAGUACACGUUUAUACGCCACGCAGUUUCUACGACUGAUUCUCCGCGCGAGGAUGACGGACGCCGUGCGCUGGGCGAUGUCCUUGCUGGUGGAUCGAUUGUCGGACAACUCCCCGGCUGUGGCGUUAGCCGCGUUGGAGACGUUGCACGAGGCCUGCAACGAGACGGAGUACUUGGAAGUGUUGCUCCAGCAAGGCGGACCGUCCCGCGACUGGGACAAGUGGCUGCAACAUCUGGGUGACAAGGGUUACCUGCUGAAGAUCCGGCUUUACUCCCUUCAGCAAGGCUUCGCGAGCCUCGCCGCGCCCUCCGAGGAGCUCGAGAAGUGGAUCGGACCUGGUGGCUUCGCCGAGCGAUACGUGGGCCUCGUGGAAGGCGAGAUACACGACGCGCUGACGCGUCGGCAACGUGACGAGACCGGGAGUUAUCAGAGGAGGACCACUAACGUGCCGAUGGUGCCGCACGACAUCUUCAUACCUCCGCAUCUGAUCGGCCAGCUGGCGCAGCACGACCUCGGGAUGCAAUUGCUGUUACGUCGCAACGUGAUUCAGCGAUUCGCCCGGUUGCUGCAACGAUUCAGACUGGAGUUCGGAGGUCGCGACUCGGAAUCCAACUCGCGAUGCGCCAGAACCAGUCGUCUAGCUGUUAACGUCACCGCCACGGCUGCCGCGGCUUCCGAAGACGUCGGCGUCGUCUCGGAGGAGUCCGGGACGGACGAGGCCGCGGAACAGUGCGGCCGCCUGGAGACCAUCCUGGACUCCGAGACCUUGGAGAGCGAGCUGACCCGCGACACGGCGAGCCAACCCCGGACCGAGUCGCUGAUGGAGAUCCGUCGUAAGACCAGCAUGGACGAUUCUAGGCACACCACCCCGGAACGAAGCUGGAGGAUGGAGACCGUGGAGUUGUCGCGCGACGAUCACCUGCUGACCGGCCCGAACGGCGGCAUUCUCAAGGUCAAGUCGGCUCUGUGGGCCCUCGGCCACGCGGGCACCUCUGUCGCCGGCGUCGAACACCUCAGUCACCUGGGUAUCGUUGAGAUGAUCACGUCAAUGGCGGAGACCUGUCCUUAUUACUCGGUGCGGGCGACCGCGAUGUACUCUCUGAGUCUGAUCGGCACCACUCGCGCCGGCGCCGACGCGCUGAUAGGUUUCAACUGGCCCUGCGUCAGACACCGACGCGGCGACAACUGGCCCGUGGUGCCGCCCUCCACUAGAUAUCCAGUUCCGAGUCCGAUCCCUGUGCAGCGGCAUCAUCGCAGCCUCAGCGAUGGAAAACCGGAACUGCCCGAGCCGAUCGUGCGCCGAACCAGGAAUCGGUCCGAGAGCGCGGCCACCGACCUCGAGGCACGGCGAUAUAUUCUUCCAGAAAGAGGCGAAACUCCAAGUCCGGUUUCGAGUAUACAAAGACUUAGCCAACAAGAUGCUGAAGGAUACGCGCGAUUACGUAGUUUGCAACGUCAUCGUAGACCGAGUUAUUCUCAAAGUAGUUUAGAAAUGUACAGUUUAGACGGUCGCCUUUCGUUGCAAAGCUUAUCGGAGUACGAUUCAUCCCGCAGUUGGAUUGCGGAGAACACGGUCCUUACUCCGACCCCACCUCCCCCAGAGGACGACAACGAGAACAUGUUCUACAUGGGGAUUUGCUUACCGAGAAGGCUGCUUGCGAUCUUUCCCGAGCCUCCUCAGCCCUCGCAGCCGAGUAUCCUCGAGGAUAUCGUCCGAUCAGAAUUAGAGAUAACGGAGAUCGACGAGGAAUCCAACUCAGAGUAUGACGUCGACAGCGAACACUGUCGUACGUGUCUCGUUUGCUAUCACGGCAAGAGUGGCAAGGAUGCCAGUAUGGAGCAGGAUGUUAAAUUGCGAAAAGAAAUACUUAGGCAUACUCAACGGCUUGCGAAUCCCGUAUGGUAUCGUCUUAGUCGUCAAUCGUUACUUAGACUGAGGCAGCGGUAUCCUGAAAAGUUUCAGGAUACCUGUUUAUUUUCGGAUGUAGCCGCCCGCCUAAAUAGCGGAACGUACAGAAUGCCAGCACGGCGAUUUUUGCAAGAAUUGUUUCUGGAUUCGCCAUUUGACGCACUCUACGUCGAACCAAUCAACAUUCUGAAGAUACCGAUUAAUACGGAGGAGAAUCCUUUAAAAUCACCUGUUCCUAGCUCCGAGGCUAGCCCUCGGCAGCAAUCUGCCAGUCCUGCGGAGGGCAAGAUUAACGGAAGACUUACUUUGACUGAGAUACAAACUGCGCAGCUGGCUUCGGUCGCCGAAGAAGGCUCCUCGGCCGGCAGCGAGUCGUGCAAUAUAGCGCAUCCGUGUAAGAAGAAGUCCCAGGAGAUCGCACGGUCGAUGCAGGAACGGCGCAGCGAUGAGAAGAUCAUCGCCGAGAUCCUAAAGCCAGAAGAACGGAUACGCUUGUCAAAGAGUUCCGAUAGGUCGUUAAAAGUAUCAGGUACAAACACUGCCAUCAGCCUUGAUUCGUAGUUUUUGAACUUUCGAUCACUACUGUGUGUACAUAUUUUGUAUUAAAAUAAUAUUAAUGUAUAAAAAUAAAUUAUACACACACUGCCGGAAAAAUUAGAGACAUA